UCAAACACACACACACACACACCCGGAAGAGUCUUGUGCCGACACACUCCAAGAAGCGGUGAUUUUAGUUUAAUUAUGGCACAAAUGUUCACACUUUCUGACAAUGAGUCGGACACAUCGGAAGGCAGAGAGGACUCUGGUCACCGUCAGACAGAAGCCAAGAGUGGAUCACCGCUGAGAAGGCAGCACCUCACUGCACAGGAUAAACUGAAAGGAGAGCAAUUUGGGAGGCAGAGGAAUCUCUCGAUGAAUGAGGAGGACCUGCUGGUGGCCGGGGCAGGAGAGGAAGACUCGGUUGGAGGCGAUCCUUUCAGACCUCGAUCCCGCUCCGCUCCACCAGUUCUGUGGGCAGCUAAGAAAUAUGGCCAGCAACUGAGAAGAAUGAGCGAUGAAUUUGACAUCCUCCUUGAUAAAGGGAUGAAGAGAGCAAAGAGUGCAGGAACAGCACGUCAAAUGCGACAGUCACCCAGCUGGUUGGCCCUCCUCUGGAGCCAUAAAGAGUCUGAUGCUGAGUCACGUCCCGCAGAGUGAUUGAUUGAAUGAGAAUGAAUGAUGGAAGAGAGAAAAAAAGGAGGACUACUGUACAUAAUAGUUGGAGGUAAAAGAAAAGUAUGCACUGCAUUGAAGAGAAGGAAUAAUUCCACUGACUGGUUUAAACCCUUUCAUGAGCUGCACUGGGACUCUUGACUAAAGAAACCCAUAUUCUGAUUCUCACUGGCAUGUGCUAUAAUGCAGAGAAUACACAAAGUGGAGAUUCACUUCUGAUCUUUCUUUAACUCUGAAAACACUAUACAGUAAAUUUAGAGAAAGUGAGAACCUGAUAUCAGCAUGCUGAAAGCACAAAGUCUUUCAAACUCUGCAAUAGAACAGUUCUCAAAUUCAACAACAAAACAGAUAAAAUGAAUCCUGGACAGUCCACUUUUUCAUUUUGAGGAGACUAAAUAAAUUAAGAUGAUGGAAUAUUUUUUUUAACAAAAGCACAUCAGAGAAGUCUGAGGAGUUUUAUUGUUCACUCCUAAAUGAUUUUUUAACAAUAGUUUUAGACAAUCUUCUGUACAAGAAUAUUAAAUGUCACUUGGUAGCAUUUCUAUCCACAAUGGCUCAUACAGAGUUCAUACUGUCAAGGGACUUUGACCACUUUGGUGGGCCCUUAAUCUUGGAAUCAUAAAAAUCUUUAGGAAUGGUCUACAAGCAUAAAGGCUUCAACACUGAAAAGCCAAGAAACAAGAAUGGGUCUAUAUACCCAAGAGAGCAAGAACAGGGAACACCAUUAUUACUGGUAUUACUUGAAAAUGUAAAUGUAAUUUUUUAUAACUUUGUUUUUUAAUACAAUAAACAUUUUGCUGUUUUAUUUUGUUAAUGUUUGUAACCAAUAUAUUCUAAUAAAAGCCUAAUUCACCUCAUCAUUUGAACUUAAGUUGUGCUUGUUUCUCACUAAAUUGGAAUGGAUGAAUGUUACACCUGUUGCGUAAAAUGUUGCGCUUUUCUGACACUACACUCAAAGUACUUUACAUUGAUGACAGGGGACUCUCCUCAACCUCCACCAGUGUGCAGCAUCCACCUGGAUGAUGCGACGGCAGCCACAGUGCUCCAGUGUGCACACUACACUCCAGCUGAGAGAAACAGCCAAUUAAUGAAUGGGGAUUAUUAAGAGGCCAUGAUUGAGAAGGGCCGAUGGGGAGAAUUUGGCCCAGACACAAAAAAGUUUAUAAGCAAAUAUUACUCUCCCAAUGUAUUUAGUGUUUGGUAAUGUACCGGUACAUCAAAAGCACUUAGUUCUGUUGAUUUGUUCUAUCUGUGGUGCAGAGACUGCACCUGGACAUAAUCUCUGUAAUCAUUGCAACUUGUUUAUUUCUGAAUUGUUUUCAACAUAAGACUGGGUAAAAUAUGUUUGCAUUGCAUCAGAACUUCUAACUCGCAGUCAAAGGGAUAGUUCACCCAAAAUUGUAAAUUCUCUCAUUUCUUAACCCUCAUGCCAUCCCUGAUGUGUAUGACUUACUUCUGCAGAACACAAACAACAAUUUGUAGAAGAAUAUAUUAGUUUGUAGGGCCAUACAAAGCAGUGAAUGCUAACCAGAACUUUGAAGAUCCAAAAAGCACGAAAAGGAAGCAUAUAAGUAAUCCAUAAGACUCCAGUGGUUAAAUCAAUGUUUUCUUAAGCUAUCAAAAGAGAUUUUUCAGGUGAGAAUAUACCAAAGUUUAACUCCUUUUUCUCUAUAAAUCUUCACAUCAGCGGUCUCCUUGAUGGUCUUGAUUUGAAGCUCGAUAACUCUUCCUAGCACCAUCUAGCACUCUCUGUAUGUGUCAAGCACUGGGAAAUGUAAUAGAGCUUGAAAUCAUGAUUUGAGACAGCGAAACCCAUUGGAUCGCUUAAGACAUGGAUUAAACUAAAGUUGAAUGGAUUACU